UUCCAUUCUCUCUCCUCCUUCGUUCCUCUUGACCCUCGUCGGCGAUCCACCUUCGCGCGCUGUGAUUUCUCCGGCGUCCUUCGAGAUCUGGCAUCGAUGAUGUUCCUUCGCGCUCGAUCUCUUCCUGUCUUCGCUCUUGCUCUUCUUCUCUUUGCCGUCCUUUGUACCGCUUCGGAAUCCGAUCACAAGUAUCGCAGCGAAGAACCUAUUACUCUCUGGGUCAACAAGGUUGGUCCUUAUAAUAAUCCUCAGGAGACAUACAACUAUUACAGCCUUCCAUUUUGCCAUCCAUCUGAGAACCCGGCACAUAAGUGGGGUGGGCUUGGGGAGGUUCUUGGUGGAAAUGAGCUUAUUGACAGCCACAUUGAUAUAAAAUUUGGGAAGGAUGUUGCGAAGGGAACUAUUUGUACUCUAGAGCUUGAUGAGGCAAAGGUGAAGCAGUUCAAUGAUGCUAUUGACAGUUCAUAUUGGUUUGAAUUCUUCAUUGACGAUUUGCCUUUAUGGGGUUUUGUUGGGGAGACUGAUAAAAAUGAUGAAAGUAAGCGUUUCUUUUUUACUCACAAGAGUAUUCUCAUCCACUACAAUGGCGAUCAGAUUAUCCAAGCCAAUCUCACUCAAGAAGGUCCUAGGAUCCUGGAGGCUGGCAAAAAGGUAGACAUGACUUAUUCAGUUAAAUGGGUCUCAACAAAUGUGUCAUUUGCUCGCCGUUUUGAGGUGUACCUGGAUCAUCCCUUCUUUGAACACCAGAUUCACUGGUUUUCCAUUUUCAAUUCAUUCAUGAUGGUUAUUUUCCUCACUGGUCUAGUAUCCAUGAUAUUGAUGCGAACUCUUAGGAAUGAUUAUGCCAAAUAUGCUCGUGAAGACGAUGAUCUGGAGAGUUUGGAAAGAGACGUCAGUGAAGAGUCUGGGUGGAAGCUUGUCCAUGGGGAUGUUUUCCGGCCCCCUCGCAGUUUAGUGGUUCUUUCUGCUGUUGUGGGAACUGGUGCACAGCUGGCAAUGCUUGUUCUCCUUGUUAUCUUAUUGGCAAUCAUUGGGAUGCUGUAUGUUGGGCGGGGAGCUAUUGUCACCACAUUCAUAGUUUGCUAUGCGCUUACUUCAUUCAUUUCGGGUUAUGUUAGUGGCGGGCUUUAUUCACGGAAUGGUGGUAAAAACUGGAUAAAGUCGAUGAUACUUACAGCAUCAUUAUUCCCAUUUCUGUGCUUUGGAAUUGGCUUUGUACUCAAUACAAUUGCUAUCUUCUAUCGGUCACUUGCGGCUAUUCCUUUUGGGACUAUGGUGGUUGUGUUCAUCAUUUGGGCAUUUAUCUCAUUUCCCCUAGCACUUUUGGGAACUGUUGUGGGCAGGAAUUGGAGCGGUUCCCCAAAUAAUCCAUGCCGUGUGAAGACUAUCCCUCGACCUAUCCCUGAGAAGAAAUGGUACCUUACACCGUCGAUUGUUUCACUCAUGGGAGGUUUGCUCCCCUUCGGCAGCAUUUUUAUUGAAAUGUACUUUGUUUUCACAUCCUUCUGGAAUUACAAGGUGUAUUAUGUCUAUGGCUUUAUGUUACUGGUUUUUCUGAUCCUCAUAAUCGUCACCAUCUGUGUGACCAUCGUUGGCACUUAUUUCUUGUUAAAUGCGGAGAACUACCAUUGGCAAUGGACUUCAUUUUUCUCUGCCGCUUCAACAGCUCUCUACGUGUUCCUGUAUUCCAUAUACUACUUCUAUCUGAAGACAAAGAUGUCUGGAUUUUUCCAGACCAGUUUCUACUUUGGCUACACCUUGAUGUUUUGUCUGGGUUUGGGCAUUCUUUGUGGUGCCGUUGGCUAUCUAGGCUCAACCUUGUUCGUGAGAAGAAUUUACAGAAACAUCAAAUGUGACUAAAGCUCAAGACUAGAUUCAAUGCACGUUAUAAUUUGUCAGAGACCAGUAUUUCAGCAUGAAUGGUGGUAAAUUUCUGAUGUAUCUUCACGUUGCCGCGGAGAAGAUCAUGUGGGGAGUGGCCGUAUUUCCAUUAUUCUUGUCUUUCUCGCUUUUGUUUCCUUGUUGCUAGACCUGAAGGUUUUGGAUUUUCCGGCUUCGGUUUGAAGCCAUAAUAUCUCUACUCUAGUGCAGGUAUAGGCUAUUAUCUAUAGAAAGAAUGAUUAACCAUCUUGUAUCGUUUUACUUGGGUGGACACUGGGCCUUGAAGUCCAUUCACACCCCCCACAAAUGGAUUCAUUCAGAUGUAUCAUUGCUGCAACUUUGUUUCCCUCAUCAUUUGUUAACACCAACUUCUUCAGUUACUUUCACAAUUUGAAUGCCAAAUAUGUUUUCUUUACUA